AUGGAUAUUUACCCCAAUGCUAGUAAUGUGAAUCCAUUCACCGAUCGAUUUGUUGAAUUGGUGCGUUGGCGCCGCGAUGUAAAUCUAGCUCAAGAUGCACAUCUUCCCUGCGAUUCCGGGUCGAAGCUGUACGCUGAAUACGCCAGUAACUUAUUUUCGAUUACUACUAGCGGAUUGUACCGCUUGACGUCGGAUAAAGAAAUUCAAUUUCGCUCGACAAUCAAUGGAGUAUUUAGUCAAGAUCUGAUUAUCGCGAAGCCAAGUGUGCUUGAGCUUCAAGGUUCCGGUAGUGGCAUUAUGGUCGUGGUCGUAUCACCUACAGAAGCUUCACAGGGCUCCACAUCAGCAUCAAUAGAUGUUGCAGCUUCGGAUCUUGAGCCAAAAGCAAUUUCUAAGGAAAGCUUAAUUUCUCCGGUGAUCGAGUCAUCUGAUGCGAUAUCAAAAGAAGCUACAGCUCGAACGUUUUCAAGCGAUAUUGAUAUAACAUCAUUCAGCCGUGAAAGCUCUCAGUCGUGGGAGAGCCUCUCCACGAACUUGUAUUAUGAUCUGCUCCGGCGAAUUCAUCGGGCUUUUUACAUUUGGAAACAAAUCAGCAAUAACAACAGUAAGUUGGCAUCAACUCAUCUGCAACAAAUGAGUAUUUCUCGAUCACUGAUCCAAGUCUAUAAUGGCAAUCCCAGUAAACGUGUCAUGGAUCGGGAAUAUCAAUCAACGAUAUCAGAAUCGGGGUCAAUAUCUCGACGUCGAUAA